CACGAGCAGAGCAGGAAGCAACUUGAAACUGCAAGCUUUCCUCUUCUUUCUUCUUUCUCAACAAACCCAAACCCAGUUGCAGCUGGCAGGCAGCUGCGCUCUUCUUUUUCUCCUCAUUGUUUUCCUCGCGUGGUCUCCCGAUUCGUGCGCCGUGUGCAUCGCCAUUAGUAGUCGCUGUCACGAUCGAGGAUCACCACCUCUCUCCAGCUCCAAAUCCACCUCCCCCCCCCCCCCCACCACCACCACCACCACCACGCGGUCGCCGCGCCGAGCUGUCCUCCCCCACGCCGAGAUUUGAUUCUUCCUUCUUCUUGUUCUUGCGCCACCGCGGAUUCUUGUACCAGCUGACACUACCGGGGCGGUGGCUGUGCUCCUUGGAUUGUUGGAUUGGUUGGUUUGGGAAAGGGUUGAUCUCGUUUGCGGAGUAACAAAUUUGCAAGCCUACAACUGCUAGGGAGAAUUUGACUAAAAAUGGGGUCGUGUUGCAGCAGAGCUACGUCUCCAGAUUCUGGUCGAGGAGGAGCAAACGGUUAUGGCUAUUCUCACCAGACAAAACCUGCUCAGACAACUCCUAGCUAUAACCAUCCUCAGCCGCCGCCGCCAGCUGAGGUGAGGUACACACCAUCAGCAAUGAACCCUCCGGUAGUCCCACCUGUGGUUGCCCCACCGAAGCCCACCCCAGACACAAUUCUUGGAAAGCCGUAUGACGAUGUGCGCUCGGUUUACUCCCUUGGAAAGGAACUCGGAAGGGGACAGUUUGGGGUGACAUACCUGUGCACGGAGAUCGCUAGUGGUAAGCAGUAUGCUUGCAAAUCCAUCUCUAAGCGCAAGCUUGUGAGCAAGGCCGACAAGGAGGACAUUCGCCGGGAGAUUCAGAUCAUGCAGCACCUAUCUGGACAACAAAACAUUGUCGAGUUCCGGGGAGCAUAUGAGGACAAGAGCAAUGUCCAUGUUGUCAUGGAGCUCUGCGCUGGUGGGGAGCUGUUUGAUCGGAUCAUUGCCAAGGGGCACUACUCAGAGCGUGCGGCUGCUACCAUCUGCAGGGCAGUGGUGAAUGUUGUCAACAUUUGCCAUUUUAUGGGAGUGAUGCAUCGUGAUUUAAAACCGGAGAACUUCUUACUUGCAACCAAAGAAGAGAAUGCAAUGCUCAAAGCCACUGAUUUUGGUCUCUCAGUUUUCAUUGAAGAAGGAAAAAUGUAUAGAGACAUUGUUGGAAGUGCUUAUUAUGUUGCUCCUGAAGUCCUUCGGCGGAAUUAUGGUAAAGAGAUUGAUGUAUGGAGUGCAGGCGUUAUUUUGUACAUUCUUCUCAGUGGUGUUCCUCCAUUUUGGGCUGAAACUGAAAAGGGAAUAUUUGAUGCUAUUCUUCAAGGGGAGAUUGACUUUGAGAGUCAACCAUGGCCAUCAAUAUCCGAGAGUGCUAAAGACCUUGUUAGAAAGAUGUUGACACAAGAUCCAAAGAAAAGAAUUACUUCGGCCCAAGUUCUCCAACAUCCCUGGCUCAGAGAUGGAGAAGCAUCUGACAAACCUAUUGACAGCGCUGUUCUUUCUAGGAUGAAGCAAUUCAGAGCAAUGAACAAGCUGAAAAAGAUGGCUCUGAAGGUUAUUGCUUCAAACCUUAAUGAGGAGGAGAUCAAGGGCCUGAAGCAAAUGUUCACAAACAUGGACACAGACAACAGCGGGACCAUCACAUAUGAAGAACUCAAAGCAGGAUUAGCCAAACUUGGAUCAAAGCUUUCAGAAGCUGAAGUAAAGCAGUUGAUGGAAGCUGCUGAUGUAGACGGCAAUGGAUCCAUCGACUAUGUUGAAUUUAUCACUGCCACAAUGCAUAGACACAAGCUCGAAAGAGAUGAGCAUUUGUUUAAGGCAUUCCAGUAUUUUGACAAAGACAACAGUGGCUUCAUCACAAGAGAUGAACUGGAAUCCGCUUUAAUCGAGCAUGAAAUGGGCGAUACAAGUACCAUAAAGGAUAUUAUAUCAGAAGUCGACACGGAUAAUGAUGGGAGGAUUAACUACGAGGAAUUUUGCGCUAUGAUGAGAGGAGGGGGGAUGCAGCAGCCUAUGAGGCUCAAAUAGUCUGUUUCCUUGUAGAAAAUGAUGUACAAUUACAUUAGUAAACUGUUUUCGCCUUCUUUUUUUUGUUCCAUGGAUGGUAGUCGACGGAUAAAAGGUUUACCCUGGACGCAGCUUUUGCAUUGUUGAGAUGAUUGUGUAUAUUUUCUUGCCUUGCCCGUGUAUGGUGUAGUGAUUUGAAUGUCCUCCCUUUUGUAAGUUGUUUCUGCAAGUACACACAAUAAAAGAGCAUUUUUGCACCUCAA